CUCUAGAGCUCUCUGUCUCUCUACGGUCUAUUCCCCGCCGCGGGUGACCGGGCCGAUGCUAAUUUCGCGCACCUGAUUCACGCUGAACUGACUCACGCCAAAAAUAGAAAAGUUCCCCAACAAGAAUGGCGUCCGUCGGUCAACUGUCAAAUCGUGGUCGCGUUCUUUUCCGAAGUUUCCGGGGUUCCGUGCGGAAUUACACGCAAUGGCGCGGCGCAAAACAAUUACCGAAAGAUAGCGGCAAGUGUGCAGUGUUGGUAGCCGGCGGCCUGGUCGCGUUUUCCAUAGUGAAUUACACAAAUUCCAAGCCCCACCAGGCGCUCAAUGUGAAGAAAAUCAAGGAGGAGGAGAAGGCCAUCAGAUUAACAGCCCGCGAAAGACGCUUCAUAAAAUUCGCAUCAGUCGAAUAUGAUGGGCAGUUGUAUAUGACGCCACAAGACUUUCUAGACUCAGUCGUUGAACAGGAGCCAAGGCCACGUUUGAAGAGACGAACCCUAACAGCUAAUGAUAUUAAUCAGAUCAAAGAUGUGACGCCUCCACUCAAAAAAGGUUCGCCGGACAUGUUUCGAAAGUUGCGUGAUAAAGGAAUAAUCUCAUACACGGAAUACUUGUUCCUUCUCUCAGUCCUAACAAAACCACAGUCCGGAUUUCGUAUUGCGUUUAACAUGUUUGAUACAGAUGGUAACCAUCGAGUAGAUAAAAAUGAAUUUCUGGUGAUACGAAAUAUUUUCGGCGGCUCUCUUAGAGAUCACGCUAUGGACGAAGCAACCCGUCAAACUUUAAUGAAACUCAUUUCGACCAAAGAGCAAGGGCUUUUCCUGAGAAAGAAGAAAGAAGUGAAGCAGCCGACCCUUAUGGAGAAAAUCUUUAGUGGAGCAUGGAAGGACAAGCACGGAGUAACUGAAAGUAGUGGGGAAGACGAAUACGUGGACGACGAGGAAGGCCUACAACGACGACAUAAAGUCGACACUACCCUACAAGUACACUUUUUUGGGAAAAAAGGAAAUCAGGAUCUCUACUAUGAAGGAUUUCACAAAUUUAUGUACAAUUUACAAACAGAAGUGCUAGAACUUGAAUUCAGUGAGUUCUCGAAAGGAAACACCGCUAUCACCGAGGUCGACUUUGCAAAGAUCUUACUUAGGUAUACGUACCUAGACACUGAUGAAUAUGACAUGUACUUAGAUCGACUACUCGAUCGUGUUAAAGACGAACAAGGUAUUACUUUCGUUGAGUUUCGAGACUUUUGCCAGUUCUUGAACAAUUUGGAGGACUUUGCUAUUGCCAUGCGAAUGUACACUCUGGCAGAUCGUGCUAUUUCAAAAGAUGAAUUUUCUCGUGCAGUUAAGAUCUGCACUGGUUACACUCUCACCAAACAUCUUAUCGACACUGUUUUUGCGAUAUUCGAUGAAGACGGCGAUGGGCUUCUUUCAUAUAAAGAAUUCAUCGCAAUCAUGAAGGACCGCUUGCACCGUGGUUUCAAAUCAACAGCAAAAUCUGAAGGUUGGGACGCCUUUAAGUAUUGUCUUAAACAGGAAAUGAAGCAGUCGAACUCGCUUUAAAAGAUGAAUUUGAACCAACGCAUAAAAUAGAACGAACACCAAAGGAAGGAAACUCCGUUCUCCUUAUCAUUACCUAUGAUACAACAAUCAGUACUUAAUUGGAUAACCAUUUAUUCAAAUGAGCCAAAUAUCUCUCAAGCUUUAACAGAAAAUAUUUAUAGUUGUGUAUUUAUUUAUUGGAUUGAUCUAGAGAAUUGCCUCGCUUUGAUUUAAUUUCACAUUACCUGACAAAUUUGCGUUUUUCCAGAUUGCGUUUGAGUUUUUCCAGAUUGAUCAUGAAUACUAGCUAACUCUUCCAAAAAUCUUCUUCCUUUCAAUUGUUGCACAAAAAUAAAAUCUUGUUGCAUCUU